AUGUCUUCUUCCCUUCUUCAUCCGCCCAGUCAGUUGCCCCCUAUUGUAGCCUUGCAGCAUUCACAACAAGCUCCAGCUAUACUUGGGAAGUCUACAGGUGCUAUCUCAACCUCUCUUUUCCAAUCUCUACUCUCUGCCCCCGAAACAUCUGAAUUAUGGACUACAUAUGAAAAUCUCUUAUUAUCAUGUCUUCGGACUGGAGACGACGAGUCAGCCCAUCAAUGCCUCGCAAGACUAGUGAAUAGGUUUGGCAAUGACAACGAACGUAUCAUGGCCUUGAAAGGUCUCCUUAAAGAAGCCGAUGCUAGCGAUUCCGCUACUUUAAAUGUUAUCCUGAAAGAAUAUGAGCAGAUCUUACAGGACAACCCAACUAAUAUCCCCAUUUUAAAGCGCCGCGUGGCCUUGUUGCGGUCUAUUGGACGGACCCCUGAGUCUGUCAGUGUUCUGAUAUCGCUUCUCGAUAUCUCCCCUACGGACGCAGAGGCGUGGGCUGAGCUUGCCGACCUCUAUUUUUCACAAGGACUAUACUCUCAAGCCAUAUUCGCGCUUGAAGAGGUUCUUGUUCUGCAGCCAAAUGCUUGGAAUGUACACGCUCGUCUGGGCGAAGUAUUAUUCAUUGCUGCAAAAUCGUCAGAUAACGCAGGUCAAUUAGGCGAAGCCAUAAAACGCUUCAGCCGAAGCAUUGAGCUCUGCGAUGGCUAUUUACGAGGUUACUAUGGUCUUAAACUUACUACGAAACAGCUUCUGGAUGACCCAUCCAAGGUAUCACAAGGCCGGACAACUUCUGAUGGGUUUGCUAUACCCGAUUCGGUUACACUUAGCAAACUUGAUGAAGUGGCCACCGAGAAACUCGCAGAGAUAGUCCGACGCAGCUCAUCAGGCGAAAAAGGUUGGCAGGGUUACGAUGAGGCUGAAGUCAAGGCAGCCAAAGAGCUUCUCGAGAAUGAUACAGCUGCGGUCAUCAGAUGA